CGGAUAUAACUAGUAGAUAGCCUAUAUAAGGGCUAAAGGGGUAAGAUAGUAUAGUAAACGAAUGUCAUUUCUAUCCUUCAAGACGGCACUGGCAAUAGCUUUCUUUCGAGGAAGAUCAGCAGUGGAGUUGCGCAGCAAGAGCAAGUCCACCCUGGGAGGCAUGGUUGCAUUAGGCACGGAUGUCGACACGACGACAAAGUUGCUGGAAUCCACCGCCCAAAUCGGGCGGGCUGGCAUUGCGGCAAUCAUUAGCCCCAACAGUGUGACGAUAUCGGGGAACAUCGCAGCUGUGAAUUCAAUCUCUCAUUUGCAGAGAUCCAGGGGAUCUUUAACCGCAAGUUGAAGGUGGACGUGGCGUACCAUUCCCACCACAUGGCACAGGUUGCCGCGUCAUACCGGGCGUCUAUAGAGCCAUUUUGCCACGCUGAGCCUACACGGACCGGGAAAGCAGUCUUCAUAUCAUCGGUCACUGGUCUGGAAGAGUGUCCAGAUACUCUACAGAGCGCAUCGUACUGGGUCCAGAACUUGGUGAGCCCGGUCAAAUUAUCGGAAGCUACUCAGGGCAUUUUAUCUCGGUCAGAUUUUAAUGUACGAAGCACCAUUCCACUUGUCGAACUGGGACCGCAUGCUGCGCUCAAAGGCCCGAUUCAUCAAACCCUGCAAUCGAUGGGUGAAACGCGCCACGUUUCUUCCGACACUGGUUCGGGGUACUGAUGCUCCUAAAGCACUUCUUGACCUUGCUGGGCGCAUUCUCACCAUGGGAAGCAGCCUGGACUUCGCUGCGGUCAAUAGGACCCUGCCUAUAGAAUCCCAAGUUCUGAAGGACCUC